AUGGCCUUGCUCAUCCGCCCCUUUCCCCAGCAUUACUUUACCGUUAAUUUCAACCACGAGAACCAGAAGACCCUGGAGCUGAGGACCGAGGAUGCCAAGGACUGCGACGAGUGGGUGGCAGCCAUAGCUCAUGCCAGCUACAGGAACCUGGCGACGGAGCACGAGGCACUGAUGCAGAAGUACCUCCAUCUCCUGCAGAUUGUGGAAACGGAGAAGACUGUUGCCAAGCAACUCCGCCAGCAGAUCGAGGACGGGGAGAUCGAGAUCGAGCGCCUGAAGGCCGAGAUCGCCUCCCUGCUCAAGGACCACGAACGCAUCCAGGCCGGCCAGACCAGCGUGCCCAGCGACGACGACAGCGACAUCAAGAAAAUCAAGAAGGUGCAGAGCUUCCUGCGGGGCUGGCUGUGCCGGAGGAAGUGGAAGACGAUCAUCCAGGACUACAUCAGGUCCCCCCACGCUGACAGCAUGCGCAAGAGGAACCAGGUCGUCUUCAGCAUGCUGGAGGCGGAGGCCGAGUACGUCCAGCAGCUCCACAUCCUCGUCAACAACUUCCUGCGGCCGCUGCGGAUGGCAGCCAGCUCCAAGAAGCCUCCCAUCACGCACGACGACGUCAGCAGCAUAUUCCUCAACAGUGAAACGAUCAUGUUUUUGCACCAAAUCUUUUACCAAGGCCUGAAGGCAAGGAUAUCCAGCUGGCCGACGCUCGUGCUGGCUGACUUGUUCGACAUCCUGCUGCCCAUGCUGAACAUCUACCAGGAGUUCGUGAGGAACCACCAGUACAGCCUGCAGAUCCUGGCGCACUGCAAGCAGAACCGGGACUUCGACAAGCUGCUGAAGCACUAUGAGGCCAAGCCUGACUGUGAGGAGAGGACCCUGGAGACCUUCCUGACCUACCCCAUGUUCCAGAUCCCCAGGUACAUCCUGACGCUGCACGAGCUGCUGGCUCACACCCCCCACGAGCAUGUGGAGAGGAACAGCCUGGAUUACGCCAAGUCCAAGCUGGAAGAGCUCUCCAGGAUAAUGCAUGAUGAAGUGAGUGAGACUGAAAAUAUUCGAAAAAAUCUGGCGAUAGAGAGGAUGAUUAUUGAAGGGUGUGAAAUUCUGCUGGACACCAGCCAGACUUUCGUAAGACAAGGGUCCCUCAUCCAAGUGCCGAUGUCAGAGAAAGGGAAGAUCACGCGGGGGCGGCUGGGCUCCCUCUCGCUGAAGAAGGAGGGCGAGCGGCAGUGCUUCCUCUUCUCCAAGCACUUGAUCAUCUGCACCAGGGGCUCCGGAGGCAAGCUGCAUCUGACCAAGAACGGCGUGAUCUCCCUCAUCGACUGCACGCUGGUGGAGGAGCAGGAGAGCACCGACGAGGAUGCAAAAGCAUCGGGGCAAGACAUUGACCAUCUUGACUUCAAAAUCGUGGUGGAGCCAAAAGAUUCCUCAUCUUUUACGGUUAUCCUCGUGGCCUCGUCCAGGCAGGAGAAGGCUGCAUGGACCAGCGACAUCAGCCAGUGCGUGGACAACAUCCGCUGCAACGGCCUCAUGAUGAACGCCUUUGAGGAGAACUCCAAGGUCACCGUCCCCCAGAUGAUCAAGUCUGAUGCCAGCUUGUAUUGUGAUGAUGUUGACAUUAGGUUCAGUAAAACGAUGAAUUCCUGCAAGGUCCUGCAGAUCCGCUAUGCAAGCGUGGAACGGCUCCUGGAGAGGCUGACGGACCUGCGGUUCCUGAGCAUUGACUUUCUGAACACGUUCCUGCAUUCGUACCGCGUCUUCACCACCGCCCUGGUCGUCCUCGACAAGCUCAUCACGAUCUACAAGAAGCCGAUCAGCGCCAUCCCCGCACGGUCCCUGGAGCUCCUGUUUGCAAACAGCCAGAACAACAAGCUGCUGUACGGCGAGCCCCCCAAGUCGCCCAGAGCCAACCGCAAGUUCUCCUCGCCUCCCCCGCUCUCCAUCACCAAGUCCUCGUCCCCCAGCCGGCGGAGGAAGCUCUCCCUCAACAUCCCCAUCAUUACAGGAGGGAAGGCGCUGGACCUGGCUGCUCUGAGCUGCUCCUCCAAUGGCUAUGCAAGCAUGUACUCCUCCAUGGCUCCCUUCAGUAAGACCACCCUGGACAUAAAUAAACUGUACGUGUCCAGUAACUAUCCCAAUAAAAUCCCUGACGAAGGAGAAGCAGCCUCAGAAAAGCAAGAGGAGUCACUGCCGAGCAAGCAAAGCUCAGAGGUAUCUGUCAGGGAAGAGUCGGACACGGAUCCCAACCAGAGCGACGAAGCAGAAGCUGAAACUUCCCCAACAAAAUCUCCAACAACUCCUAAGUCCAUCAAGUGCAAAAAUUCAUCAGAUUUCUCGUUGUUUUCUUACAACAACGGCGUGGUCAUGACGUCCUGCCGGGAGCUCGACAGCACACGCAGCGCCCUGUCGGCUGCCUCUGCAUUCGCCAUUGCCACGGCGGGAGCCAAUGAGGGGACCCCCACCAAGGAGAAGUACCGCAGGAUGUCCCUCGCCAGCGCAGGCUUUCCAACGGACCAGCGGAACGGAGACAAGGAAUUCGUGAUCCGGAGAGCAGCCACCAACCGGGUCCUCAAUGUGCUGCGUCACUGGGUCUCCAAACACUCGCAGGACUUUGAAACCAAUGAGGAGCUGAAGUUCAGAGUGAUCGGCUUUUUGGAGGAGGUUAUUCAUGAUCCUGAGCUCCUGACCCAGGAGAGGAAAGCAGCCGCCAACAUCAUAAGGACCUUGACGCAGGAGGAUCCAGGAGACAAUCAGAUAACCCUGGAGGAGGUCGUACAGAUGGCUGAGGGAGUCAAAGCAGAACCUUUUGAAAACCACUCAGCCCUGGAAAUUGCAGAACAGCUGACGCUGCUGGAUCACCUGGUCUUCAAGAAGAUCCCGUAUGAAGAGUUCUUUGGGCAAGGUUGGAUGAAACUUGAGAAGAACGAAAGGACUCCUUACAUCAUGAAGAACACAAAACACUUUAAUGACGUCAGUAACUUGAUAGCGUCAGAGAUCCUCCGGAAUGAGGAGAUCAACGCGCGGGUGAGCGCCAUCGAGAAGUGGGUGGCGGUGGCGGACAUCUGCAGGUGCCUGCACAACUACAACGCGGUGCUGGAGAUCACCUCCUCCCUCAACCGCAGUGCCAUCUUCCGCCUGAAGAAAACCUGGCUCAAGGUCUCCAAGCAGACGAAGGCUCUGAUCGAUAAGCUACAAAAGCUGGUGUCGUCGGAGGGCAGGUUUAAGAACCUGAGGGAGGCACUGAAAAAUUGUGACCCUCCGUGCGUCCCCUACCUGGGAAUGUACCUGACUGACCUGGCGUUCAUUGAGGAGGGGACCCCGAAUUACACUGAGGACGGCCUGGUGAACUUCUCCAAAAUGAGGAUGAUUUCGCACAUCAUAAGGGAGAUCCGCCAGUUCCAGCAAACCUCCUACAAGAUUGAGCACCAGCCUAAGGUGACGCAGUACCUGCUGGACCAGUCAUUUGUGAUGGACGAAGAAACCCUUUAUGAAGCUUCUCUGCGAAUAGAGCCCAAACUGCCUUCUUGAGCCCAGAGCAGUGGCCGGCGGCUGCUCGUGUACACACGCUAUACCAUACUGUAUAUAUCUGUUUGUUUCUGUUGGACGCUCUGGAGUGACUUCCACGUAUGUGCUUCUCCAAGCAAACCGCCCCCCUCGUUCUUAGGCCGCAGUAGACCUCGCGUAGGAUUUCCUGCAUCGUUUAAGGUUUCACGCAUUGACACUUUGCUGGAGUCCCGGUUUCUUUUCAAUGAUGUUAUUUUUGUCAUUUGUUCUUCUCGAGGGGGCUGGCGGUCGGGCAGGUGAACCCGUGUGUUCCCACGGGGCUCUUGGGCAGCACGGAGCAGCUCUUGCUCAGACGGUAUCGGCAGUAACAUCCCUGGGCAAACUCUGUAAGGCGGGGGAGGAGAACACGUUAAAGUUUAUCCCUCCGUGCGAAGCGGCCCUCUCUCUGCGUGCCACCCCCCCGCGCUGGCCCGGCGCCGGGGAGGCCUCUUGGCCGUUGCCCCCGGUCCCUGCUAAGUCGGGAAGAUGGAAACGUCCCUUUGACUCUCCUCGCUGCAUACGGCUCAUGACAAGCUUCUGUUGAUAUGCUAUAGAUCCGUAUACCUUGUGACCACUAUGAGUAACAUGAUGUAGAAUUAGAAAAAGAUGACCGAGUGUUUUUAUUACAUAUACUGUAAUCCUGUCUAACCACCUUCUAGCAGGAAUAUAGUAAUGUAGUGCUUAUUCUGUGAAUAUUACCAUGUAUUUUUUACAUUGUACAGUAUAUAAACACAGUUUAACUUUACAGUGGCAGGCAUGCUCCACUCUAACAACCAGAACACUUUUGCUGUAAGCAAUACCUCGUGGUAUGAGAAUUCUCUUUCAAGCCCUAAAACUAUUUCAACUUACAGCUUGUUUGGAAAAAUAUUUCCAUUUUUUGUAAAAAUAUAUGUUUCCUGAUUACCUCUUGCUAAUAAAUCUAUUCUAUCUCAGGGUGAA